AUGGCAUUUGGCUUGGAGGUACGAGAUGCGGCGUCCGAAGCACACAAGGCCACAGUUGAAUUAUGGACGUUAUAUGGAAUUGCCGUUGCCGUGACAAUUCUCAGAACAUACGCUCGAAGCAAAACCGGAGGAUGGAGGAAUUUACGGCUCGAUGACUAUCUUAUAUGGGUUGCAAUUAUACUCUAUACUGCACAAGCAUCACUUGCACAUAGUGUGGGCAAUGUGUCUGGUGGCCUCGCCAACAACGGCAUGACAACUGCCCAGCGCGAGGCACUAUCGCCCAACAACCCAGCUUACAGAGCCAGAGUGAUUGGCUCCAAGAUUCAGAUCGCGGGCUGGAGUACUUAUGCGGCAUUGAUUAAUUCAAUCAAACUGUCCAUGCUGGCAUUCUACGUUCGACUGAUGGAUGGCCUUGGCCGGCGUUAUCACAUUCCCAUUUAUGUUGGUUUUGGCCUUGUUAUCGGCAGUUUUCUCGCAAGUAUCAUCACAAUCUUUGCGGCAUGUCGACCAUUCCACAAAAAUUGGCAGAUCAAUCCGGAUCCCGGCAACGUGUGCCAACCAGCCAUUUCCACACCGGUCAUCGCAGUAACAUUCGCCUCAAACCUUAUUACUGAUCCAUACCUCAUAUUCAUCCCGAUUCCAAUGCUUUGGCAAUCGAGUCUAAAGCCCUUAAAGAAGCUCGCAGCCACUAUCGUACUCAGUUCGGGUGUCUUUGUUCUCGUCUGCGCUACUAUUAAGAGUGUUUUCCUCCUAGUGGAUCCUGAAGAUGGCGCACAACUCGCCAAUGAAUGGGGCACCCGCGAAACAUUCGUUGCAGUCGUCACGACCAAUCUUCCCAUGAUCUUUCACCUCUUCAGAAUUUGGCUCAGCAAGAUUUUCGGCAGCCAAUUUCAGUCAUCUCACAAGACGCAUAAAUCGCCCUCAGGUGGUUUCCGGAGUAUUGGUGGCGGAGGUGACUAUGCCAGUCGGAAAGGUCAGGGCCCUGCGAGUUCGGAUCCUAUGACCAUUGGCAUGUCAUUUACCGAGAGUGAGGAACGGAUGAUGGAAGAUGUGAAGAUGCAGAACUUAAAGGCAUAUCCGACAGCUAUUCCUGGUAACCCAGCCUCGGGUGCUAUCAUGGUCUCGAAUCAGAUUGAUAUCACCCAUGAGACUCGAACCAUACCACAGAGUGAACAGCCUGUGAAAAAAGGAACAGAGGCAUGGUAA